UGUCCAUUCAACGCAAAAGAUCCAUACGGUUUAGCGGUACGGUUUAGCAGGCCUAUUUUCACGGAGUUUACGUGUACAAUUACAGUCUUAUCACACGAUGAAGUUUGUUUGGUAAUUAAACAUAUGCUCACCACUGCCACUGCACUGUGAAUGAUAAUUUUAAGGCGCGAUCACCAUGCCAAGAAAGCCAACUUAAUUCCAGCUGACAAGGGGUGAAGCAACAAGCCACACCUUGCUGCUCUUAACCCCUCCCCCCCCUGACUGCCAACUGAUCAGCUCAGCCAUGGUUCAGUUUGCCAUGAUAACGCGUCUGAGGGACGGUCUCCCACUUUCAGCAACCACAGACCAUGAGCCAAGCGAGGCCAUCCUAACCAGCAAAAAGUAUGCCAAGCUUAUUUCAAAGAAAGCAUCUCGUUUCCCUGACAGAUGCUCCUUAUUCACGGGCAGCCACUGGUUACACCUUAUUUCAUCCCUUGGCGUCUGCUUCAUCAUGAUGUGUGAGGAGAACUACCCAACCGUCUUGGCGUUCUGUUUCCUGGACGAGAUCCAGCGAGCCUUCAUCUCGACAUACGACGGCAAGCGAGUUGAAAACUGCAGGCGGCCAUACGCUCUCAUUGAAUUUGACACUGUGAUUAAAAAGACGAAGCAACGUUUCAACAACACCAGGACCUUGCAAACCAAGAUCAACCUGACCAACAUGUCACAGGAGGUGAAACUCCGGCCUCCUCACCGCAUCACCAUCGAAGAGUUGGGCCCGAUACCUGGCGAUAGCUCAGCGCAGGAGAGGAACGGCGUCGCGGCCCGCGCGUAUCGACCUCCUGCUGCCAAUCGCGAGCAGUUUGUCCCCUUGAACUGGGUGGACAAACUGGCCUUGUCUCUGUGUCUUCUCUGCUGUUUGCUGAACCUCAUACGAAUUGGAAGAAUUCUCCGCGCAGGACCCAUGAUAAUAGAUGAUGAUAUCCAUUUUACGUCCACAUCAGUUGGUUUCUUCCUGGUGUCCAGCCUUCUGGGCCUCUUCCAAUGUUACCUCCUGGUCUAUCGCACGUCUUGGAGGACCUCUAAGAAUAUCGCGGCCCUUCUCUGCCUCGCCUCGGUGGAGGGACACCUCUACUUGCACGCCUACCGCUACGGUCUGACAUCGGCAUUCACCAUCUUGGCUGCUCUGCUGGCGGCUUGGAGGAUCCAAACAAGGAGCAUUCCGCCCAAGUUACCAGACUACACCGUAUGAUGAAAUCUUCAAACAAGCAUCAGAAAAACCUCCCAGGAUGAGAUAAAGCACCAUCAAACUGGGUGACAACUUUCGGAGUUACUUAAAUCUGUUUUGUGCCAUCAACGAACAGAGUGGAUAUGUUGUACUGCAAAAUUAGGAGUUGGCUCUUAACUCCUUUUGUGAGUGAUGUAGCAACAUACAUUUUGAACUGGUUUGGUUGUUUUUUUGGGUUUUUUAAGUUUGAGUGAUACCACACUGCUGUUGGUCAGUAUUGUCCAGACUUUGACUGGCCUGGAUCUGUUGCCUGGCAACAUUACCUAGCAACCACGCAAAAUAAUGAUGCUGUCUUACACAACAUCCAGUGACAUUCAGAGUGUUACUAGCAUUUCCUUUGACUUUCAUUGGGGAGGGGUGGGGCAUUUAUCUUUGCUCCGCCCUGUUUUUGCCAGUCACUGGUCCAAGAUGCUCAUACAUGUAUUUGUACGUAGAUGCCUCGACCAUUUUGCACAAAUUGUAAAUAUGCUAAUUAACAAUCAGAUCAUCUUUGUCAUUUGCUCCCAAAAGAAAAAUGAACUUAAAAACAGAAUUUAUUCAGAGAGCAGAUUGGUAAAGAUUAAUUUUUUUAAUGUUACAUUCAUUUAUUAUUUGUACUAAAAAGUGAUGUUUCAUAUUCUGAUGUACCAGACUUAACUUUCUGUUGAUGUAGUAGGCUUCACUUCGUAUGAACAAGUUGGUGUGCUUGAACAAAAAACAGUUGACUAGAGGACAUUAAAAUCCAACUAAUCGUCUAAAAUUUGUACAAGUGUUAAUGGUGCUAAGCCUUUUUAAAGUAAGGGGUAUUGUUGAAUUAAACAGUUGAGUCUAAUAGCAUUGUAUUUUAAUUAAGGUCUCUCGUUAUCAACACAAUUAACUAUCGGAAUAUAUGUAUUUGUCCAAGUUGUCGUUUUAGUAAAGAACAUUGAAAUGCUAGGUACAUGUUUCAUGUCAGAUUUUGACAACUUUGAUUAAGAUUACUAAGGUUGUCUUUUAUCUUACUAACAUGUUAACCAUGUUUGUAUUUAUUAAAUCAUCAAUAAAGUGAAGAUAUAUUUUUGUCUUAAUAUCAACUGACA